AUGACACGUCGUUAAUCGGUGUACUUCAGACGGAAGCGAGUGUUCAAAACGUAGUCUUAAAGUGAUCCAAACGGAGUCAUUUAGUGAGCUACGAAACUUCUAGUUCUUUUGUUAUAUAUCCGUCCUAUAAGGUUUUUAUGCGUUAAAAUAUUUGACGAAAAAGAAUUGGAGUUUUGCUAAUUACAGAAUUAAUACUGUGAUAAAUACCUUUUCGGUGAAAAGAGCUUUAAUUAUCAUAAAUAACAAUGCCUGCCGCACCUAGUGCCACAUCGGUUGGAUCCGCGGGUCGUUCACCCAGUAAGGCUAUAGCACCUAGAGCAGGUGGCAGUGGUACUGUCAGACAACGCAAAACUGCCACUGCUACUUCAUCUAGAAAUAGAAACACUGGUACAAGUUCUGGUGGUAUGUGGAGAUUUUAUACAGAUGAUUCGCCUGGCAUCAAAGUAGGUCCAGUGCCAGUACUCGUCAUGUCCCUAUUGUUCAUCGCAUCUGUAUUCAUGCUUCACAUUUGGGGAAAAUAUACCAGAUCUUAAGGAAAGCGAUCGUGUUAAAUCACAUUACGUUAUAAAUGAAACUUAUGAGGCGGGAAAAGUUUUAAGUACAUGUGUAAGAUUAGCAAGAACUGUUAGAAUUAAUUUUUGCAUACAGAGAUAUUUGCUUUUGUCUGAACUACACGAGGUAUCAUUUUUGAUCUGAUACAUUUUGUUCGUCGAAUCCAUACUCCACGAGUGUUUAUUAUACAAUUUUUACAUCUCCUAUGAGUAAAUCAAUGAUUCCAUUUUGAAACAUUAAACAUGAGAUAAUAAGUUAAGUUCAAUGUUCAAAGGAACGUUAAUAUAACAUUACGUUCCUUCUUGACUCUUGUUGCAAUUUAUACUUAAGAUAUUUAAUUCUUACUCGGAAACAUUAAUUAAAUGUACAAUCUAUAUUAUCGGAAUAAACAUAAUUUAUUCUUAA